CGCACGUUACGCAACCCUAACCCGGACGCGAACCCUAACCCGCACGUUACGAAAACCCGCGCGGCUAACCUGAUUUAUAUAAUACGAAAUUACCUGAUAAACCCGCCACUUGUCAUUUCGGCGAUAGUAUGCCGAACCUACGGACUGUGAAUGUUAAAUAUAUAGUUGGUAGGUUCGACAUUCGACAAUUACCUGGUUAACUCGUCGAAUGUCACUUCGGCGAUAGUUUGUCGAACCUACGGACUGCGAAUGUUAAUAUAUAGUUGGUAGGUUCGACAUUCGUCAUUUCGGCGAUAGUUUGUCGAACCUGCGGACUGCG